GCGGGAAUGGAGAAGAGGAGCCGUGAAGGACACUGAGGAAGAGCAGCCAGACCAGUAGGAGCAGAAGCAGAAGAUGGUCUCUGGCGUCCAUGAGAAGAGUGCUCAGAAGGAGGAAGUGGUCCACAGUGUCAAGGCUGUGCACCAUGGAUGAUUUUGCUGAGGGAGACUUCGCUUUGGCGGAUGAUGCAUUGUUGGAAGGUUGCCCUUACGAGGAUGACUGUAUCUGUGCUCCCGACUUUACCACUGACGAUUAUGUCCGAGUGACCCAGCUUUACUAUGAUAGAGUGGGUAUGCAAUAUAAAGAUUAUGCCCAAAGUGAGAAAAAUUUAGAAUAUGACAUCUGCAAUAUAUGGUGUAGUAAGCCACUUUCUAUCCUGCAAGAUUACUGUGACACCAUUAAGCUAUAUAUCUUCUGGCCACUUCUUUUUCAACAUCAACACAGUUCUAUAAUAUCAAGAUUGCAUCCCUGUGUGGAAGCCACCCGUUCUCGUGCCGCUGAGCUAAGUUUGAAGAAAUUACAACAUCUUGAGUUGAUGGAAGACAUUGUGGAUUUGGCAAAGAAAGUUGCAAAUGAUUCAUUCCUUAUUGAAGGCUUACUGAGAAUUGGUUAUAAAAUAGAGAAUGUAAGUGUUAAAAGUGAGAGCCCAGCACACCCGAUGCAGAAAAUCUUGGCAAUGGAAGAAGCGUUAAAUUGGAUAAAAUACACAGGUGAUAUAACAAUUCUACCUAAAUUAGGAUCAGUUGACAGUUGCUGGCCCAUGCUAAGUAUUUUCUUUACUGAAUACAAGUACCAUAUUACUAAAGUCGUAACUGAAAAUUGCAACUUGCUUGAGGAAUUUAGAAGGAACAGUUGUAUGCAUUGUGUGAAGCAAGGAGAACUAAUGAAAAUGAGAGGAAAUGAAGAGUUUUCCAAACAAAGAUUUGAUCUAGCUGUCAUUUUUUACACCAGAGCCAUUGAAUAUAGACCGGAAAACCAUCUUCUUUAUGGUAACCGAGCUCUCUGUUUUCUUCGUAUGGGACAGUUUAGAAAUGCACUUAGCGAUGGAAAGAGGGCCAUUGUUUUGAAGAACACCUGGCCAAAGGGUCAUUAUCGUUAUUGUGAUGCUCUUUGUAUGCUGGGGGAAUAUGACUGGGCCCUGCAAGCAAACAUAAAAGCUCAAAAACUCUGUAAAAAUGACCCUGAGGGAACCAAGGAUCUAAUUCAGCAGCAUGUAAAGUUACAAAAACACAUAGAAGACCUGCAAGGUCGGACUUCAAACAAGAAUCCACUUAACGCGUUUUAUGACAGCAGGGCUUACAUUCCGAGGAAUUCAUCAGCACCUGCUUUUAGAACAUCACUUAACUUUGUGGAAACAGAAAGAGGCUUCCGAAGAACUAAGUACAAAAUGGCAAAUGGUGGCAAUCAGAAUCUAAAGGUGGCAGAUGAGGCUUUGAAGGGAGAUGAUUGUGACUGUCAUCCUGAAUUUCUGCCCCCUCCAAUUAUAAUUCGGGGCGGAAUCAGCAUGUUGGUAAUAUUUCUGUUCAGGAACUUCGGUCAUUAUCUGUUUACUCAAUAUUUGAAUUCUAAUGCACAAGUGACUUUACCAGUAGAUCUGAAAACCAUUUUGGAGAAACAGUUUUCAAAAUCUUCUAGAGCUGCUCACCAGGAUUUUGCUAACAUCAUGAAAAUGUUGAGAAGCUUAAUUCAGGAUGGGUACACAGCCUUGUUAGAGCAGCGCUGCCGCAGCGCGGCCCAGGCCUUCACGGAGUUACUAAAUGGGCUAGAUCCGCAGAAGAUACGGCAAUUGAACCUGGCCAUGAUUAAUUAUGUAUUAGUAGUCUAUGGACUUGCUGUUUCUCUCCUUGGAAUAGGACGACCUGAGGAGCUAUCUGAAGCUGAAAACCAGUUUAAAAGGAUUAUCGAACACUAUCCCAAUGAGGGGCUUGACUGCUUGGCCUACUGUGGAAUAGGAAAAGUAUAUUUGAAGAAAAACAGAUUUCUUGAAGCUCUUAAUCACUUUGAAAAGGCAAAGACCUUGGUUUAUCGUCUCCCUGGAAUUCUGACUUGGCCCACAAGUAAUGUGAUUAUUGAGGAAUCUAAGCCAGAAAAAAUCAAGACGAUGCUGGAGAAGUUUGUUGAAGAAUGCAAGUUUCCCCCAGUGCCAGAUGCUGUUUGCUGCUACCCGAAAUGCCGUGGAUAUUCCAAAAUUCAGAUUUACCUGACUGAUCCCGACUUUAAGGGUUUCAUACGCAUCAGCUGUUGCCAAUACUGUAAGGUGGAAUUUCACAUGAACUGCUGGAAAAAGUUAAAGACAACAACUUUUAACGAUAAAAUUGACAAGGAUUUUCUACAAGGAAUUUGUCUCACGCCUGACUGUGAGGGAAUCAUUUCUAAGAUUAUCAUCUUUAGCAGUGGUGGUCAAGUUAAAUGUGAAUUUGAACAUAAGGUCACAAAAGAAAAGGUUCCUUCAAGACCUGUUCUGAAACAGAAAUGUUCCAGCCUAGAGAAGUUAAGACUCAAAGAAGACAAAAAAUUGAAGAGGAAGAUCCAGAAGCAAGAGGCCAAAAAGUUAGCACAGGAAAGAAUGGAAGAGGACUUAAAGGAGAGCAGCGCCCCCAAGAACGAAGAGCCCGAAGAAACCGUAGACAGCGUUCAGAGUUGUCCAUUUCUAGAUGACAGAAUCCUGCAGUGCAUAAAGCAGAAUGCUGACAAGAUUAAGUCUGGGGUAUUGAAUACCUCCACACUUCUCAAAGAGCUGCUCUCCUGGAAGGUUCUGAGCACAGAAGACUAUACAACAUGUUUUUCCAGCAAAAAUUUUCUCAAUGAAGCAGUAGACUAUGUUAUCCGUCACUUGGUUCAGGAAAACAACAGAGUGAAGACACGAGUAUUUCUGCAUGUGUUGAGCGAGCUUAAAGAGAUAGACCCCAAGUUGGCUCCCUGGAUCCAGAGACUUAAUAGCUUUGGCUUAGAUGCCACAGGACCAUUUUUUACUCGAUACGGAGCCUCUCUCAAGGAACUUGAUUUUAGCAUCAUGACUUUCCUCUGGAAUGAGAAAUACGGUCAUAAACUGGAUUCUAUAGAAGGAAAGCAGCUCGACUAUUUCUGUGAGCCAGCGUCAAUGAAGGAAGCCCGCUACUUAAUAUGGCUGCUGGAGGAGCACAGAGACAAGUUCCCAGGCUUGCAAGGCGCCCUCGAUGAGUUCUUUGAUGUGAUGGAUAGCCGAUGUACUGUGUUACGGAAACAAGACAGCGAUGAAGUGCCGUUUGGUUGUAUCAAGGUAAAAAACAAAGGCAAGAAAAAGAAGCCAAAAGAUUCGAAGCCAAUGUUAGUGGGAUCCGGAGCUACAUCGGUAGCAGCAAGCAAUGAGACUGUCACCCCAGAAGACCAUGGCAGGCGCAACUCGGAUUCUGCAGGCCCGUUUGCAGUGCCUGACCACCUUCGCCAAGAUGUCGAGGAGUUUGAAGCUCUUUAUGACCAGCACAGCAGCGAGUAUGUCGUUCGUAAUAAGAAGCUGUGGGACAUCAACCCCAAACAGAAGUGCUCCACGCUGUAUGACUACUUCUCUCAGCUGUUGGAAGAGCAUGGCCCCUUGGACAUGAAUGACAGGGUGUUCACUGAAGAAGAUGAGUUCUUCCCUGAAGAAACUCGACAGAUGCUAGAGAAAGCAGGAGGUUUGAAAUCUUUCCUCCUGGGAUGUCCUCGUUUUGUUGUGAUAGACAACUGUAUUGCAUUGAAAAAAGUUGCCUCAAGACUCAAGAAAAAAAGAAAGAAGAAAAACAUUAAAACUAAAGUUGAAGAAAUUUCAAAAACAGGAGAAUAUUUACGAGUUAAACUGCCACUAAACCCAACUGCUAGGGAAUUUAAACCAGAUGUAAAGGCCACACCAGUGUGUGAGGAUGUGAAGUCCGCACCAGGACCAGCUCCCGAGGACCUGAAACCCCAGCUGGACUCUGAUAGCUCUUCUGGCUCAGCUUCUGAGGACAGCAGGCUGGAAGCAGUCUCUUCCGACUCCCCCACACCACUCUGUGAGGAUGUGCAUCCCGGGCCGGUUUCCUCCCCUCCCCCCACACCAGCUCCUGAUGAUGCCGCACCGGCUCAGUACUGGGCUCAGUCCCGCGUGGUCACCGGGUUCUGCACAUACCUCCCUUUCCAGGGGUUCGACCUCAGCCAGCCGCGGCCAGCGUACGUCAACGUGCUCCCAAGCCUGUCCCAGUUCGCUGGCAUCUACACGCCGUUGGCCAGAAUGCCUCCUGAGUAUUCCUUGCAGAGGCCCAUGCCAGUGGUGCCACCCUUUGUAGCCACUGACAGAGCAGAUAAAGGCGCUGCUGCGUAUUUUGACGGUCAUAAUUUGAACCCCGAGAGUGACGCUGAUCACCAGAUUGCCUCUGGCACACAGUUCCUCGAUGAUUCUUUGGAAGUGUCGGCAACGUCCCGGAGCAGCCCAGAUGAUGCCAGUACAACUCUGAGUGAACCUGACAGAAACAGCGGGUGUGAUGGGAGCACUGAUGACCCAUGUGAAGCUUCUCUAGAAGGUGUCAGUGACGUAACGCACACUCUACCUGCUCCAGUGGUUGCCGUACAGGUGUCUAGGAGUGUAGUACACCAGGGCGUCAAUACCGAGCCGUAUGAACCUUUUGAGACACAGCAGGGGGACCUCUCCUGGAUUGAGAAGGAGCAUUGCCUGUUAAGAGAGCAGCUGAAGGCAGCAUGUGAGAACUAUGAGCGGAUCCAACUCAAGAGCUCAGAAGAGAUCAGGGACCUGGAAGAAAAGCUGAAAAGGAACGAGGAAGAAAGCCAGAUCUCCAAGACAGAAUUAGACUGGUUCCUCCAAGAUUUGGACAGAGAAAUUAAAAAAUGGCAACAAGAGAAAAAAGAAAUCCAAGAAAGAUUAAAGGCCCUGAAGAAAAAAAUUAAAAAGGUUGUAAAUACCAGUGAAAUGUCUGCCUACAAAAUUGAUGAAUUAGAUACGGAAUGCGGAUCACAUCUGGACCAGUCCCUGGGAAUCAGUGUCGCACUCACAGAUGAGAAGACGGCACUAGAAGAGUCUGUCCGGAAGGGGAGAGAACAUUGUGAGGAGAGCCGUCAAAGAGCAGUGGCUGCGGAGGUAUCUGUGCUUGAAAACUGGAAGGAGCGAGAAGUAUACAAAUUACAGAGUAUGGCAUCACAAGCAGAAACCUAUCUUAAAAGCCUCAAGCUGAUGAGCAGUGAUUCUGCAUCAUAUUCUGACAUUGAGAGUGACAUACACUCGUGGGAAUCAUUUCUUUCUAAUGUAGGAGAGGAGAUUGAGAGCACGAAGUCUCAGUUUGAAGAUCAAAUUGAGGCCAUUAAGAAUGGCUCUCAUCUCAGUGAGCUUUCGGUUUCUGAGCUUUCAUUCCCUGCUGAGACAAUGAUUUAUCCUGAGUUCCUCUCUGAGUGUUCAGGUCUUGAGGAUGAAGGGCUGGUGACUUCUCUAGACAGCGUGACUGGAGCGGUCUAUAAGGAUUCUCAUGCAGAGCCUACCAGUGACUGCUCAGAGGAGGCUCCUGAACUGUCCCUAGGCUCACCCACCCAUCAUCCUGAAGUUGCUCAAGAGAUAGAGCUCAUGAGGGCUAGCCAGGUGUCUCCAUCAGAACAGAGCCCUGAAGCUGACGAGAAACCACCUGCACAGGCCACUCGGUCAAGCCAGUCUCCAAAAAAGCCUUUCAACAGUGUUAUCGAACACUUGUCAGUGGUGUUCCCGUAUUACACCAGCACUGAGCUUGCUGGUUUUGUUAGAAAAGUUCGAAACAAAUACAAGAACUCCCUCCCUGGAUUAAGUAUUGAGGAGAUUGUUGAGAGAGUAACGGAGCACAUUCUAGAGGAACAGGAGAAGAAAAGGCCAAAUCCAGGAAGAGACAAGACAUCCGAGGCUCUGUCUGCUGCUGCUGUGGCCAGGUCCUCCCAGAGCGCACCCUUCGCCGUUGUUGGACCAGCAUCCAGAACCAAAGGCCAGAAAGGAGAGGAUGUCCCUGCACCAGAUGCAAAUUCCUGUGAGAUAUGCCAUGAGAUAUUCAAGUCGAAAAACAUGCGUGUGCUAAAAUGUGGGCACAGGUUUCACAAAGGGUGCUUUAAGCAGUGGCUUAAAGGCCAGAACACCUGCCCCAUCUGCGGCAGUGGGGACCUGCUGUCAGAAGAGUAGCCUGUUGCACCGUCCUGGCCAAGCCAGCCCAGCCCACGACGGAACCGCCUUCCUGUUGCUGUAGGUAGUCACUCUCCACUGAUGCACCAUUCACUCGCGUGAUGCGUUGAAAUAACCACAAUGUCCUGUUACCAGUGUAAAACAGGAACAUGUGAGGACUUGUACACUAUCACAAAGCUAACACAUGGAGUCGCGAAUGCAGUACAUACCAAGUUCCAAGCAAGUGACAGCCGUGCAUGGCCUCUGCGAUGCUGUGUCACCACAUCCCUGCAUGGUUGGGCUGCUGCAGGGAAGCUCUGAGAUGAGCAGCUGCCUUCGGAAAGAGUCUUAGCCACUUCGGUUCUUACCUGGAACUGGAGGAUCUCCCUCAUAGAUUUUUAAAGUGCUUAUGAUCCAGUUGACCCACAUUUUGGAAAUUAGUUAUAAAAUACUUUUUAAAUAAGUGUGACCAGCCGGGUGUUGGUGGCUUACACCUUUAAUCCCAGCACUCGGAGACAGAGGCAGGUGGAUCUCUGUGAGUUCGAGGCCAGCCUGGUCUACAGAGCGAGUUCCAGGAAAACCUCCAAAGCCACAGAGACACCCUAUCUCAAAAAACAAACUUUGUUACCCUGGAAACUGGCUACCUGUGGCAGCAGCUCCACACUUGAGGCCUACACUGAGAUUUCUGUGCUGUCUCAUUAGCUGACAGCCAUGCUUGCUUGGAAGUGUCCUGUCCAGCUAGCUAGUGCUGAACAAAAGAGCACCGUGUAGAACCAGUCACCACGCUUCUUCCUUAUCCCGCCACCAAAAACCAAUGUACCCGACAGUCCUGUGGUGUUGGUGUUAUUCAGUUGUUCUGCGUUUGACUUUUGUGUAAAGUGAUGCAUGCCGUCUUGUAUUGUGGCCUGAAAACAAACUAACUGCAUUAGAAACUAUUCAAAACUAGGUGUAUUUUAGUGACCUGUAGGCAGUGGCACAUACAGAAGAAACUUGAACCCUGGAUGCAUUCCAUUUCUCUCAAACAGGAAGAAACAAAACAAAAAAAAAUGUUUUCUAGCGUGUUCUCUGUUGCAGUAGCAGGUUUGGUCACCUUCUUCUACCUGUUUCCGUGUGAGUUGUAGUGUCUAGUGACUUAGUCUAUAGCAGUUGAUUCCCUGUUCUGAGACAUUUUCCAUAGUGGUCCCUGGAACAUGGUUUGCGUGCUCUAACAGUUGAGAGCAGUGCGCAGGGGCAGACUGCAGUAUCCGGUACAAGGAAGAGUAGCUGCUGAGAGAACGGACCUCUGUGCUUCUCCUCAGAGCCUGUGAACAUGCCUUAUACUUGUCCAAUACCUGUCAAUAAAAAACCUGCAGAAAUA